AUGGCUGUGCGGCCUGUGCCCAGGCUGAUGCUGAACCUGUACCCGCGGCUGGCGACGGACGGCGCGCCGGUGGGGGCGGCGGCGCUCGAUGACGACGACGACGAGGAGCCCCACGUCUGCUACGGCAUCAUGGUGGCGUUCGUGUCGCUGCUGCUCUUCUGCGUGCUCCUGGCCGUUGUCAGCCCCGCCAGGGCUUGCGCCAUCACCAGCCUCCUCGUCCUCCUCUUCGGCGUCGCCGCCUGCGUCGUGCCCACGCGCGGCACCGUCGCCGCGGCGGCUCGCGCAGACCGGAGCGGCGCGGGGAUGGGGACGCGGCAGCCCGCGCCGGUGCUGCGGCUGGCGCGCCGGUGCACCUGCGGGAUGACCGACGCGGCGAUCGGCGCCCUGCCGACGUUCGCGUACGGGAGCCCGGCGGCGGCCGACGCCAAGGGCGGCGAGGAGCCGCGCGGGAGCUGCGCCCCGCUGCUCUGCGCGGUGUGCCUGGAGGACGUGCUCGAGGGCGAGAUGGUGCGGCAGCUGCCGCCGUGCAGGCACCUGUUCCACGUCGAGUGCAUCGACUUGUGGCUGCGCACGCGCCGGACGUGCCCGCUCUGCCGCUGCGAGCUCUCGCCACCCAAGGUCGCGGCAAAACCUGCAGCGGCCGCCACGGAAUCAUCGGCACACGCGUUGCCAUUGCCACCGGUGUAACAGUGAUCCACCGCACGGCUACUGUUAUCAUACGUACGUAGCGACGUUCAGAUCUGCCAAGUUGCAGUCAAAUCUGUACGUGGAUAUAAUUAUGCCUA